ACACACGCUGACAAACCAACAAACGUUGUCUGUCGUUAAACGUAAUUAAUUUAUUUACAUUGUGGAGUGAAUUUUAAAAUAAAUACAGUUUUUGGACAAAUUUCAAUGUCAAAGAGCGAUACUUUAAUUCAAUUUACCAACUGUCGCCUGGUGCGAAAUCAUCAAUUGAUAAGAGAUGACCUGUGGAUACGCAAUGGGCGUAUUGUUAAUCCGGAGCCAAUAUUUUUCGAUGAAAAAGCUCUAGCCCAUACGAAAUACGAUUGUAAAAAUGCGAUAAUUGCUGCCGGGUACAUUGACCUUCAAAUAAAUGGUGGUUAUGGUGUGGAUUUUUCGUUUGAUACCGAUACCGUUGAAGAAGGAAUCAAUAAAGUGGCAAAUGGUUUGAUUAAAAAUGGCGUAACAUCAUUUUGCCCCACACUCGUUACUUCGCCACCAGAAACUUAUAGAAAAGUUAUACCUCGUAUACCAAGAACAACUAAAGGUGCUGGCAUUUUAGGACUUCACUUGGAGGGGCCAUUCAUAAAUACGCAAAAGAAAGGAGCACAUCCUGAAGAUUGUAUAAGAGACUUGGAUGAGGGAAUGAAAACCGUGAUGGAAAUUUAUGGUUCAUUAGACAAUGUCAAAAUCCUUACCUUGGCACCGGAAAAGGAUUCUAGUGGCCAGACAAUUAGAACACUUACCAAUAUGGGUAUAACGGUGGCAUGUGGCCAUUCGAUGGGCAAUUUAAAAGAUGGAGAAGAGGCAGUUAAAAACGGAGCAUCCUUAAUAACACAUCUAUUUAAUGCGAUGUUACCGUUUCAUCACCGUGAUCCCGGUUUGGUUGGACUUCUGGCUUCAGAUGAAAUUCCUGAUGGAAACACUGUUUAUUUUGGUCUUAUAUCCGAUGGAGUUCAUACACAUCCCACAGCCAUGCGGAUCGCAUAUCGAACACAUCCUGAUGGUUUAAUUUUGGUCACAGAUGCCAUCUCAGCAUUAGGUCUACAAGAAGGAGUCCAUCACAUUGGACAACUAAAGAUGGAAGUAAGAGACUCCAAAGCAUUUAUUGCCGGAACUAAAACUCUAUGUGGUAGCAUUGCGCCCAUGGAUGAAUGUGUACGAAUUUUUAAAAAAUCCACAGGAUGUUCUACUGUCUAUGCGAUCGAAGCUGCCACACUACAUCCAGCCAAAUGUAUAAAAAUUGAGAAAUCUAAGGGCACUCUUUGUUUUGAAAGUGAUGCUGACUUUAUCUUAUUGGAUGACGAUUUAAAUGUUUUAUCUACCUGGAUUAAUGGUCAAUGUGUUCACUCCAAUGAUGACAUUAAAUUUGAAUGUUGUUAAUUAUAAUCAACUCAACCAAUAGCGUCUUAGUUAAUAAUUUUGUAUGAGCAUUUGAUGUUAAUAUUGAGUAAUUUUUGAAAAUGUGUAUGCUAGUUAAAUAAAGCAUAAUGUUUUGCAUUUUUACAGUAAUAAACUAAUGUGCUGUUUUUCUAUAGCGAACGAGUACUUUGAGUGGAAUUUAACAUGUGUUUUGUUAUUGCAACAAAAACAAAAUACAUGUAAAACGUCCACUCAAAACGUUCAUUCGCUAUAGAAAAACUGCACAUAAAUCAUUUUUAUAUUA